AUGCGUUUCCCGGAUCACGCUCAUGUACGAUCAUCACUACGAAACCUCGACAGCUGGAUGAAAGUGUGUCUUUUUGGGCAAAACAUCUUUCAACAGAUCAAUGCAUACCACACAAUCUAUGCGACCUUGAAGGAAUUUAUAUAUGAGAGACGGCUUGCCAAUGUGAAAGAAGCGAUUCUACUUUUGGCUGCUAUCAUGAUGCUCACGGCACUUUUGAUUGAUCUCUUUGUUUUUACAUCGACUAAAGCUAGCGUGAUCCAAUCCUCUCGAUGGAACCCCGGUGUCGGAUUCUUGGUUACCGCUUUCAUUGUCGAGCUGAUUUCCAUCACUGGCUUGUUUCUUGAGAGCGACGAGUUAUUGCAACAAUGCCAGCACGACCUUACAAGCCAACAUGGCAACAUGCCUCCUGACAACUAUGUUCGCACCCUUUGUGAGCUUAAACGUGAAACCACCCACAUGUCGGGCACAUUUAGUUUCUUUUUGCAAACGCUCUUAAUCAUCGCUUACGCUAUCACAGCACGACUUUACAUGACAAAGCGUGCAGCUCAAUUUGAACAAGAUACAACCACCGAGCCCGCACCACCACCACCCAUAUCCUUGUACACUGUCUCUGUACCUCAAACAAGUGAUCAUCGACGUAGUUGUGAAUACCCAGCAGCACCACCUUAUAGACCUGUAGAUCCGCUCCAUCAUAAUGCAUGA